UAUAAAAGUCGAUCAAUUUACAAACUUAUUUUUUUGGUUUUUUGAAUCAAGAAAUAAACCUCAAACUUCUCCAUUAACGUUGUGGUUAAAUGGAGGUCCGGGAUGUUCUUCAAUGAUAGGAUUAUUUCAAGAAAUGGGUCCUUGUAGAUCUUUAGUAGGAGGGUCAGAUGUAGAAAUAUUUCCUGAAAGUUGGAACCAAGUUUCUAAUUUGUUAUUUAUUGAUCAGCCUGUUGGUACAGGAUUUUCAUUUGGAGAUAUAAACAUAUCAACAACAGAACAAUCCACUCUAAAUUUAUACGCUUUUCUACAAAAAUUCUUUGAAAAAUUUCCAAAAUAUUCUAAAAUGGAUUUCCAUAUUUUUGGUGAAUCUUUUGCAGGACAUUACAUACCUUCUAUUGCGAAAUUGAUAGACGAAAAUAAUAUUUUAAUUAAGUCUAAUAAUUUGAAAGCAAUACCAAUUAAUCUUAAAUCUGUUGGAAUUGGAAAUGGUUGGAUUGAUCCUAAAAUAAUAUAUAAAUCAUAUCCAGAUUUUUUAGAAUUUAACACAUAUGGCCCUAUACUAAAUUCAAGUGAACUUGUAGCGAUGCGAUCAGAUUUGGUUGAAUGUGAACAAUCAGUCGACAAUUGUUAUAAAACGGGAAAUUUAACUGAUUGCAUAUUAGCAGAACAACUUUGUGAAUUUGGUGAUUUUAAUUCUCAUUUUGUUAAUACCGGAUUAAAUGCAUAUGAUAUUAGGACUCUCAAUACUACAAAAGAUACUUUUCCGCCAAAUGAUUAUAAAUUAUAUUUGGCUAGACCUGAAAUAAGAACAGCUAUUGGAGUAUUUAAAAAUUACACUGAUUGUAUAGAUGAUAUUUACAUUCGUUUUAUCCUUCAAGGAGAUUUAAUACUUCAUGCUUUAUUUUUUGAUAAUUUUUAUUAGGGUGCAAAGCAAUAAGUAUGAUGUCGAAUAUCUUCUCUACAGGGGAUUUCCUGUAUUAUUAUAUUAUGGAGAUGCAGAUUAUAUAUGUAAUUGGCAAGUAAAUAAAAUAUC